CGCACGCGUUAUCCAAGAUAUGCGCGAUGGUCUAGCAGAUCGUAUGCAUGAUCCUGCCGCGAAACGCCAAAGGACAGAUCUAUUUGGCGAGGCAUCAUCGCGCGAUCAUGUGGCAAAAACUACUUCGGUGUCUGGUUCAAGAUCAACGCCUACAACUGAAGUCAUCCGACUCGACUUAGACGACUCUGAAUCAGAGCUUGAGAUCGAGAAGACUCCCGGGUCAGGUACCCAUCAAGGUACUGUUCAACGAAGCGCAAAGUCGCAAGGGAAGCAGAAAGCGACCGAUGUAUUGCCCUUCACGACACAGGGGCCACCCAAUCCCUCUAGAUCUCAACAAGGCUCUAUUGUUACUAUAUCUACCUCGGCCCUCCGAGGAGCUCCAGUUACACCUCACAGACCUUCAACGUCAGGAGCACAGAUCGUGACUCCCUCAACAACAGCGAGUGACGCUGGCUCGUCGUACGGUUUCAGACACAGAACUAAACCGCGUAUCACCCAGCAGUCUCCGACGCUAUCUGAGCCGGAAACUCAUUCAGGACCCUCUACUGCGCGAUCAGUCUCAUCCGCGAAGCCUUCUAUAGUGAGCGCUUUUGGAGUUUCAGGUGUACAACGAUCACCGUCAACCAAGCAGACGCCCACUGUCUUGCGUCUGCCCUGUAUCAAAACGUCCCCUAAGUUUGGAUUUCCAGCAUCAAUUAACGCUCGCGUAGCGUCAUAUUCACCGGUAUCAGUUUCGUCACUUCCCCAGCCCACCGACGCAUACCCACACAAAGGUUUCUACCCUCGGCACUUCCUCGAGUCCUUUUACGGAUGCCCUCGGAUCGCAUUCGUCGGUACUGCUGAGGGCGGCGGAUUGAAGAAGGAUGAUCGUCCUCGACGCGUCUGCUUUCCGCGGUUGGACUACAACCCCAGCCUUCCACUGAAACCGGGAUAUCCUGGAACCCUCAUCACAAACCGCAUGGAAAUCACGUCCAACGGUCCAUGGAACAUCUGGAUUCGGGCUCCAGAAAAGCCUUUAUGGCUCAAUGUCGGACUGUACGAGUGUACAAAAAGCAAACACCCGCUCACGGCAGACGAGUGGAAGUCAUUGUCGCUUACGGUCCGGAAUACAUGGGUAGCUUGCUUCCAUAGUCAUACCGGACAAUGGACUUGCUAUACGUCUAUGCGUGCGCGGAUGGUGCUGAGAAAGAAGGGUAUGAGUAUCACAGAGCAGUCCGUGAAGGACGAGAUGGCACGCCCGUCUAUAUCUGCAUUGAGUGUACAGGACGUCCACGAGGCCAUGAAUAGGGGUGACGAGCAUCUGAACGUCAUAC